AUGAAUGACGCCGACAAAGUACGCUUUCUCGACGCACCCAUCUCGCAGGGUGGGCUGUUCGGGGACACCGUCGAGAGCUUCGCACAGCAGUUCUCGGCGGUCAAGGAGCAGACUGAGGCGAUAAGCCACAUUCUACCGCGCCGUGAAUCGACGGCCCCCCGGCCUUCGACUUCCCGCGCACCUCCUGCUCCCCGACAGCCCAGGGCCUCUUCGAACCCGACACCGGUUAAGGCGCACCCCCAGGCUGCACCCCGGAAGAGGACUCCGAAGGAUCGCGAUGAGGAGACCGAUGUGAAUCUGUACUACUUCUCUGACUUUGAGAGGCACAAUGCAGAGAUCUCAGCGUUCCACCUGGACAGGAUACUGGGAUUCAGAAGAAUCCCUCCGGUGGUCGGAAGACUUGUCAAUAUAAUUAAAGAGAUCAAAGACAUCACCACAGAUCAUAAACUCGUCAAAACUUUCUAUACUUCCCCAGCUGGAAAUUGGUGUUUUCAUGGCCAGUGUUCUUAUUAUUGUUCUCCGGAGCAUGCCAUCUGUGGGCGUCCACACAUGAUAGAGGGCUCUAUGGCCGCUAUGUUGCCAGACCUGUCUUUGGCAACUCGCCGCUCCUGGCGGAGCCCGUGGAAACGGUCCUACAGCCGGAGCAAGCUGGCAAUGUGGGAGACGGACUCCAACUACUGUGAUUCAGUGAAAACAACUCCUCCAUAUGAUCAAGGCACACGAUUGGUGGAUCUGAUAGACAUGAGCAUUCUUGAUUUUCUCAUGAGUAACAUGGAUAGACAUCACUAUGAAACAUUUGAGAAGUUUGGCAAUGACACAUUUCUUAUACACUUAGACAACGGAAGAGCGUUUGGACGUUAUUCUAAAGAUGAACCCUCUAUACUGGCUCCCCUUGAGCAAUGUUGCAGGGUUCGUCGUUCGACCUUGCUUCGUUUACGUCUGCUCUCUCUCCCCCAGUAUCGCUUGAGUGACGUCAUCCGUGCUUCUUUGUCUCAAGAUCCCCUUGCAUCCGUGGCCCCACUCCUCACUGAGCCACAUCUAUCUGCUCUCGACCGUCGCCUAGCAACAGUCAUUCAAACCAUUCAUGACUGUUUACAGCAGCAUCAAUGGGACAGUGACGUUAUAUAUGAUGACAUCACCGAUUACAAUGGCUAA